CCAAAUUCGCAUGCGCAGGUUCAAUCCGUAAACCACACAACCUCACAACAACCUCAACCACUUAAUCACACAAUCAAUUUGCCCUUAAACAUCCUAACUUCAUACUAAGAAGUCAUGGGGGGCAAAUCCGGCAGCAAGAGCGUCUACUUCGACAAGCUCAAGACUUUGCUCGACGAGUACAAAUCGAUCUUCAUCGUUGGCGUCGACAAUGUCUCUUCACAGCAGAUGCACGAGAUCCGUCAGGCGCUCCGCGGCGACGCGGUCGUCUUGAUGGGCAAGAACACCAUGGUCCGCCGUGCUCUCAAGGGUUUCGUUGCUGACAACCCGGAGUACGAGCGUCUGCUCCCUCACGUCAAAGGCAACGUUGGUUUCAUCUUCACCAACGGCGACCUGAAGACCAUCCGAGACAAGAUCCUGGCCAACCGUGUCGCGGCCCCUGCUCGUGCUGGUGCCAUUGCGCCCGGUGAUGUCUACGUUCCGGCCGGAAACACUGGUAUGGAACCUGGCAAGACCUCUUUCUUCCAGGCCCUCGGUGUUCCUACCAAGAUUGCUCGUGGUACCAUUGAAAUUACCACCGACCUGAAGUUGGUUGAGGCUGGCGCCAAAGUCGGUCCCUCCGAAGCCACUCUUCUCAACAUGUUGAACAUCUCUCCUUUCACCUACGGUAUGAAGGUUGUGCAGGUCUAUGAGGAGGGUAACACUUUCUCUCCGGAUGUGUUGGAUGUUGAAGAGAGCCAAUUGCUCAAGUCUCUGUCCGCCGCCAUUGCCACCAUCACUACCAUCUCUCUGGCCGCCAACUACCCGACUCUGCCUUCGGUUAUGCACAGCUUGAUCAACGGCUACAAGAACCUCAUCUCUGUUGCCAUUGAGAUUGACUACAGCUGGGAGGCCAUUGACGAGCUCAAGGAUCGUAUUGCCAACCCUGAAGCUUAUGCCGCUGCCGCUCCGGCCGCGGCUGCUGCCACCGAGUCGGCUGCUCCUGAAGCUGCCAAGGAGGAGGAGAAGGAAGAGGAGAAGGAAGAGAGCGAAGACGAGGGCUUCGGAGGUCUCUUCGACUAAAUGCCCCAGACGUGGGCCCCAGUCAGGAUUGGCACAUGCACGCGACGGAACAGCAGCUGCUAGCUCGAUAGACGAACUACAUAGGUGCAAUGACAUGAAUGCCAUCCUAGCAGAUUUUGUACUUUUGAGUGCCUAAUUGAUCAGAUCGCUGCGGAGGAAAACUAACACAACCUGAUUUCCCACAUACUGUAGCUCUCACAACAUGCCCCGUCAUUGUCCCAUUCUGACGCCAUCCGCUGUGAAUCGCUGCAUCAGACUUCAUCACUACCUCCUUCGCUUCACACGCAAGACAAAACAAUAGCAAUACCCACGCUCUUAGAAAUACUAUGCGAAAAACUCCUUUGCCUUCAUCGCUUCCUCUUUCUCAUCUUCGCUCAGGUUAACCAUCUCAGCUUCUGAUC